AUGGAAAAAUUUUUAAUAAAAGAACCAAAACUGGAUUGUGCUCAGAGCAGCAAUAUUAUUGUUACGACAAACUUAACUAGCUCAGGUAAUAAUGAUACAAAUGAAAGAGAGCCUAUAUCUGAAAAUAUUGGUGAGCGACAGUUACAAAAAGACGACAAUUGGGUACUUGAUUUUGGGACGUAUUUUGGAAAAAUAAUCGAUAAUGUUACAAAGCGGAAACUUCUAGAAACACCUUGGUCACCAGAUAUGUCUUUUAAAUUUCCAUCGUCAGGACCUAGAAACUUAAAAUUCCAAAUAAAAUGGCUUAAUGAGUGGAGCUCCCCAACUCUAGAUUCGGUGUUCUAUAUUUACCUGAAAACAAAAAGGAUUUGUGAUGAGUUUGAUAUUACAAUCUUACAACCUAAGACCACUUAUAGGCAAACUAAAAGAAAUAAUGUGCCAGGAUCAUCACAGGAAGAGUAUUAUCGAAGAGCUCUUUAUAUUCCGUUUCUCGACCAACUAAUACAGGCAAUAGAUGCAAAAUUUUUAAAUCAUAAAAAUACUCUUGAACCUUUUCAAAAACUUCUAUGCAAUAAUAAUAGUUUAGACAUUAAAGAAGUUUUUAAUUCCACCCAACAUCUCUUGGAAUUUUAUGAACUGGACGAUUCUGGUGCUAUGGGAGAAGUUACUCUUUGGGUCCAGUUUAUCAAAGAUAAAACAGAAAAGCCACGAAGUGCGAUUGAAGCUUUGGAAAGAUGCAAUAAAAAUUUGUUUCCCACGAUUCACAAACUUUUAAUUAUAAUGGCAACUUUAUCAGUCACAACAUUUUCUUGUGAGAGAUCGUUUUCUUCCCUGAAAUUUUUAAAAAAUUAUUUGCGGAAUGCUACUAGCGAGGACAGAUUAAACGGCCUAGCUUUGAUGUAUAUACAUCCAGAUAUUCCUAUUCUGGAAGAUGAAGUGCUUGAUGUCUUAGCUCUCCAAUCUCGCCGUCUUACAAUUUUAUUAUAA